GAAUGUUGGCUGACGCUCGCUAUUUUCGGUGAGGUGUGCGAAUAAGGUUUUCGAAAUUUUGCGGAGUUGAUAAGUUGCGGAAAUUGCGCGCGGAAAUUUUGACAAAGUUGUCGACAGUGUCCAGGAUUAAGAUCAACCAUGUGGAGUAUUGUGGGUGCGAUUUUUCUACUGUUCAUAAUCAGCCCUGUAACACCUGAGGGCAACAACAACAGUACUGCCAACCGGGAAAAGUAUGCUAAAUAUGUGGAGCAAUAUUUAAGAGCCCGUGAAAGGGGUGAAUUGAGGAAGGCCUGUUCGACAAGGGGGGCGGCACCCCAACCCCCCAGCAGAGUUAAUACCACCGCCAGACUAAUAGCUUUGCGUGAAGUCAUGAGAGACGAAAUACAAUUAAAAGAACAACCCAUUGAUGCUUAUAUCAUCACAUCAUACGACGAACACAUGACCGAAUAUACUUCGGAUUACGACAAACGAAGAGAAUACAUUUCUGGGUUUAGUGGUACGUAUGGGGACGUCAUAGUAACUAUGAAGAAGGCGGCCUUGUGGACGGAUGGUCGUUACCAUCUUCAAGCCGAUGACCAGUUAAAUUGCAAAUGGCUUUUGAUGCGAGAAGGAAACCAAAACGUACCAACCAAAGCAAACUGGCUGAGGUCGGAAUUGAAACCAGGUUCAAGAAUCGGAGUUGACCCAAAAUUGAUACCGUACUCCGAAUUCAACGAAUUGAGCUAUCAGCUACAGGAUACGAAACUGGAACUGGUCAAAUUGACUACCAAUCUGAUUGACCUAAUUUGGGUCAAUCAUACCGCGUACCAAAAAGAAAAAGACGCAUUCGUUUUGGACAUUAAAUAUUCCGGCAAGCCAUGGCUGACAAAAGUGAAAGAACUGCGCGAUGAACUGAACCAAUACAAGGCCGAUGCGAUGGUGGUGACCGCAUUAGACGAAAUAGCUUGGCUCUUAAAUGUCCGAGGGCGCGACAUACCAUGCAAUCCUUUCCUUCGAAGUUAUGCCAUAGUUAGUCACACUUACGUUCGCCUUUUCGUUGAUCCCACGAAACUUUUGAAAAACAACGUCACAAAACAUCUCAACGCUGAAUAUGGAAUAACAAAGUCUUCACUAAUUGUUCACGAUUAUGAAGAUAUUUGGACAGUUUUGCCAACAAUGACUCAAGCAUGGAGGGUAGUUCUUUUACCAACAACCUGCGUGUUCAGUGCAGGAGCGAGCCAGGCUAUUGUGGACCUUAUCCCAGAAGAAAAACGACUUCUCGAACAAUCCCCGAUUACAUAUUUCAAAGCCAAAAAAAAUCCGACAGAGAUCAUGGGCAUGCAAAAUGCUCAUCUUAGAGAUGCUGCAGCCUUGUGUCGAUUUUUUGCACAUCUGGAACUGAGAUUUAGCCAAGGAGACGAAUUAGACGAAAUGAAAAUUGUGAAUAUAAUAGACGAAUUCAGAUUUGAACAGAUAUUAAGUUUAGGUAACAGUUUUAAUACAGUUGUUGGGUUUGGAGCUAAUGGUGCCCAACCACACUACGAACCCAGUCCUUCCACGAAUGCAACCAUCUUUGACAAUAAUACAAUCGUUAUAGAUUCAGGAGGGCAGUAUUACGAUGGUACCACUGACGUAACUCGAACAACCCACUUGGGCGAACCAACUGAAGAACACAAAAGAGCCUAUACCAGAGUACUUAUGGGUUUAAUACAAUUUUCGUCGUUGGUUUUUCCGGGACACAUGAAAAUGUCUGUGGCCGAUGUCUUGGCCCGACAACCCCUUUGGGAAAUUGGAUUAGAUUACAUGCAUGGAACAGGUCAUGGAGUUGGGUCAUUUUUGGGAGUUCAUGAAUCUCCAAUACUCGUUCACUACAAUAACUUUGGCGAAAAUGACGAAAUAUUUGAACCCGGAUAUUUUCUAUCCAAUGAACCUGGUUACUACAAAGAAAACGAGUUUGGGGUAAGAUUAGAGAACGUUCUAGAAGUUGUGGAAAAACCAUGGUUGAAACAUUCUUCUGGGCAAUCGUUUUACGGCUUCAGGGAUGUUACCUUGGUACCGUUUGAACCAAAAUUAAUUGAUUUCCAAUUGCUUAAUGAAAACCAUAAAAGAUGGUUAAACGAGUAUAAUAAAAGAAUUCGGAUAUUGGUGGGUGCCGAGUUGAAACGUCAAAAUCGAACUGCUGGGUUCUACUGGAUGAUGGACAGGACGAAAUACAUUCCAGUGAAUUCCUCGAAUUUAAUUUUACUUUCCAUACCACUAUUAUGUGUUCAAAUAAUCGUUGUAAUUUAUAUUCGUCUAGCAUUUACGUAAACAAAGAACAAUAAAUAAUGUCAUUAGAGCUAAAUUAAUGUACCUACGUGUAUUAGACAUUAGUGCCACCAUAUCUACAUGUAAUUAGCACAACUAUGUGGACCAUGUAUGCCUUAAAAAAAGAACAAAGAUGAAACUGGAUAGAAUGUGAAGAACCUAAUAAAGAAGAAUUUAAAGAUCUA